UGCUACAAUCAGCUGAGACAGAAAUAUAAUGUAGAGUUAGAAUGGCAAGAAUACCUGUACCAGAAGUCCUGAGGUUUUGUGUGGAUUGUAUGACGCUUGUUGGUACAUCUAAACCUCAUGCUGUGGCACUCGCGGAGGUUCUCGUCGAGGCUGACCAUCGAGGACAUUACAGCCAUGGAAUCAACCGACUUGAGAUGUAUGUACGAGAUGUGCAGUCAAAGACUACAGAUGGAUCUGCAGUAGCCAAAGUCCUCCAGGAGUCCGCAGCUACAGCCUGGGUUGAUGGGAACAACGCUUUAGGUCCUGUGGUCGGUAAUUUCUGCAUGGACGUUGCUGUCAAGAAAGCAAAAGAUUCCGGCGUAGGUUGGGUUGUUGCCAAAGGAACAAAUCACUAUGGAAUCGCUGGUUGGUACGCUAUGCAAGCAUUGAAACACAACAUGCUAGGAAUGUCCUUUACCAAUACAUCCCCUCUCUUGAGCCCUACCAGGAGUAAAAAGGCUGCACUUGGUACGAAUCCGAUUUCUCUGGCUGCUCCCGCUAAGGAUGGAGACAGUUUUGUUCUGGACAUGGCCACUUCUGCAGUUGCGCUCGGGAAAAUUGAAGUCCAGAGAAGAAAAAAGGAGUCAAUACCUGUAGGCUGGGCUCAAGGACCGGAUGGGAGGUCUACAACUGAUGCAGACCUUGCCUUCAAAACCAGCGCUCUGAUGCCUUUAGGUGGAGAAGAGAGGACUUCGGGAUACAAAGGCUAUGGACUGGCACUGCUGGUCGAGACGUUUUGUGGAAUUUUAGCAGGCAGCGAUUUUGGACCCAAUAUAAGACGGUGGAUGGAUGCUACAAAACCUGCAAAUUUAGGUCAAUGCUUCGUAGCCAUCAAUCCUGGAUCUUUUGCCCCAGGCUUUGAACAACGGAUGUCAGACAUGAAUAACAUUCUUCGAAAAUUGGAUCAUGCCGAGCCUGACAAACCAGUACUGGUGCCAGGGGAUCCUGAACGCAAUAACAUAGCGAAAGUUAAAAAAGAAGGUGGUAUACUUUACCAUGAAAGUCAAAUUAAAGCUUCUGCGGAGCUGGCAGCAAAACUGAAGGUCAAUCCUAUGAAAGCAUUAUAAAUUCUAUGUACAUAUCCAUAAUACAUACAACUUACUAGACCAAAUUAUAACUUCAUUGUUAUAUAUGCUAAA